CGAUGAGGCGGCCCGGGGCGAGCCGAGGGCGGGCGGACCAUGUCGCUCCACGCGGGCGGCUUCCUGCUGGUGCCCAUCCCCGAGUGCCCCCUCCCGGAGUGCGCGCCCAGCAAAGUCAUCAAGCUGGUGGUCCUGGGCGGCAGCGGCGUGGGCAAGACCGCCCUGAUUGUGCGCUUUCUCACAAAGAGAUUUAUUGGAGACUACGAGGCCAAUACUGGUGCUCUGUAUUCCAGGAAAUUCACCAUCGACGGAGAGCAGAUCUCCUUGCAGGUGCAGGACACCCCCUUUGUUUCAUUGGAGGACGAGGGUGAUGGUGUCUGCUGCCAGGAACAGAUCAACCGCUCCAUCUACUGGGCCGAUGGCUUUGUGUUUGUCUACUCCAUCACGGACUACGACAGCUACCGCGUCAUCCGCCCCUUGCACCAGCACAUUCGCAAGAUCCACCCCAAUGCCAACAUCCCACUGCUCCUGAUGGCCAACAAAGGAGACCUCUUGCGAGCCAGGCAGGUGUCUACCAAAGAAGGCCACCAGCUGGCUGACGAACUGGGCUGCACCUACUCAGAAGUGUCUGCACGUGAGAACUGCGAGGAGGUGCACAGAGCCUUUCAGCAGCUUUGCCAGGAGCUGAGCCGGAUGAUUGGCAGCUGCAACGGGGAGAAACGAAGAGGACUCCAUCUCGUCCGACCCAAAUCCCCAAACAUGCAGGAUUUGAAAAGGCGGCUCAAACAGGCUUUGUCUUCCAAAGGGAAAUCUGCCACAACACUCUGAUGUAUCUUGGUGGGAGGGGAGAAGAGGCGAGAGAAGACGAUUCGUAUUUAUACCUAUUUAUGAUGUUUCUUUGCCAGCAUCCUUGUUUUGUGUGAUAACUUUCCUUUACGCCAAGGAGGCCCCAAAGGUGGGUGGUAAACUUUGGAAGCUGCACCCUUCUGGUAAAGAGGUCUCUGUUGGUGAGGGGGACAGACGUAACUUAAGAAGAGAGGUGAUAGCAGAUUCUUCACCGCUUAAAUAAGCACGACCUCCUAAUUUGCAGGACAGAGGCACAUAUCAACAAAUCAAAUGCUGUUUUGUCUGUUGGUUUUGCCCCUGCCCUCUGCUCCAUUUUUUUCUGUUUUCUAGAAUUUCACAUAUAGAUUUCUCCAUUUAUAUGAUUGUCCUUUGCCGUAUUAAAGAAAUUAAUCAUUUGAAAGAGUUGCAGACAAUUUAAGGGACUGGGAGAGAAAUCUAUGAAUAAGUAUUUGUCAUUCUUUAUUGGACGCUGGCAAUUUUGUAUACACAUGAAGCCAGUUUCAAGGACCGUGCGUUUCACCUAAUAAUUGCAACUAUUGGUUUGUCAAUGUGAAGCAACUACCACAAAUUCAUUAAGUGGAUUAGAAUGUAGAUAUGAGGCUGCAGGCGUGAACAGCCCAGUUUGGUAGCCUUGUUGAUGGUGGGCUCGUCGCUCUUGUUUCAUAGGGAAUGCCACCAGCAAGAUGACAGGUCACCUAAUCCAAGCAUUGCACUUCUCACAGGAGCUGGACAGAUGCCCUCUAACCACAGCAGGGGCACAGCGGCUGAAAUCUCCUCUUGCUUCUGCCCCUCAGAAACCAGCAUUCAGAACUAUACUGCCUCCAGAAGAUUUUUUUCUUUCUUUUUCUUU